AUGAUGGCUUCUCGAAGAAUCUCCCUCCUAGCGUCGUUGGGGCUUUUAGCCUGUCUCCUAUCUCCCGUGGUCGCCCAGACCUUCACGUACUGCAAUCCCCUGGAGAAAGAUGAUUGCCCUAAUGCCCCAGCUUUAGGCCAGAACUAUACCACCUAUCUCAACAGCUCACUGAAUCCUGAUGUCUGGAAUACUACCAACGGCCUUGUCGAAAUCUCUGAUGUUGGUGCCAACUUCACAAUCCACAAGACGCUCGAUUCGCCGACUAUUCAGUCAUUCUUCUAUAUCUUUUUUGGUAGCGUCGAAGUCCACAUGAAGGCUGCAACUGGACGAGGAGUUGUCAGUAGUAUUGUCAUUCAAUCAGAAGUGUUGGAUGAAAUCGAUUGGGAAUGGGUUGGCUCGGAACCAGACAAAGUUCAAACCAACUACUUCGGCAAAGGAAACACGACUUCUUAUGAUCGCGGUAAGACCUUCGACAUUAAAGGAGCCAUGGACGACUUCCAUAACUAUACCGUCAACUGGACACCGGAGAAGAUUGAAUGGUAUAUCGAUACCGCACUUGUCCGAACCUUGAAGUACGAAGAAGCUCUUGGAGGGAAAAACUUUCCUCAAACUCCCUCCACUGUGCGAUUGGGUAUCUGGCCUGGUGGAGAUCCGCAUAACAAGAAAGGAGUUAUUGAGUGGGCAGGCGGUGAAAUCGACUAUGAGAAAACGCCGUAUAUUAUGAGCGUCAAGGAGUUGAAGGUUGUUGACGCACAUAAAGGGACGGAAUAUUCAUACUCUAACAGGUCAGGCGAUUGGCAGAGCAUUAAAGUGAUAGAUGGUGUUUCCGACAUCGCAAAUGAGAUCAACAAGCCCCCACCUAAGUCUCUGGCACAGAGAUGGCGAGAACUACCCGCCGCGGCCAAAAUCGCUAUUUUUGCUUCAAUUGGCGGACUAGUCAUUCUGGGUAUGGCAAUCAUAGCAUUUUGCUGCGUCAAGCAACGCAGAGCGGGACGACGAGAGUUCUCCAUGGAAAACAGCAAGUUUGUUGAAGACCAAAACAACAUCAUGGCCAUGAGGACUCAGUGGAACCACAAAUAUAAGCCGGUCGGUAGUUGA